CCUUCACGCGCUGUGUCUUCUUUCUCUUCUCUCUCUCCGUCGCGCCUCCAUCAUUUUUUCGCUCUCUCUCAAAACUUCUCGUCGGCUCACCCGCCGAUUGAUUCCUCGUAGUCUCUCUCAGGGUUGAUACAAUCAUUGCCUGAGGCAUCUAUUGGUGGGCUAAAUUAAUGGGAACACCAGAGACAUCUAGAGAGCCUUGCCCUGACCGUAUCCUUGAUGAUCUCGGUGGUGCUUUUGGUAUGGGAGCUGUUGGAGGAGCUGCCUUUCAUUUCAUUAAAGGGACUUACAACUCUCCCAAAGGUAGUCGCUUUGUUGGAGGAGCACAAGCCGUCAGCAUGAAUGCUCCUCGUGUUGGAGGCAGUUUUGCUGUUUGGGGAGGUUUAUUCUCGACAUUUGAUUGCUCCAUGGUCUACUUAAGGCAGAAGGAGGAUCCGUGGAACUCUAUCAUUGCAGGUGCUGCUACUGGAGGGUUUCUGUCCAUGCGACAAGGGGUCGGCGCUGCUUCAAGAUCAGCUGCUUUUGGAGGGGUUUUGCUUGCUUUGAUUGAAGGAGCUGGGAUCAUGUUGAACAAGCUACUGGCUCAGCCUCAGAAUAUGAUGAUGGAGGAGCCUAUGCCUGGAAUGCAAGGAAUGCCCGGGAUGCAAGGAAUGCCCGGAAUGCAAGGAAUGCCUGGAAUGCAAAUGGGGCAGAUGCAGAAUCACUCUCAGACGAUGUCAGAGAGUCAAAACCAGAGUACAGCUUCGUCAUCAUCAUCAUCAUGGUUUGGAGGGCUUUUUGGUAAGAAAAAUGAGGAGGUGCAACCAGGCAGUGGAAGCAAAACAGAGGUGUUAGAGAGUUUUGAUGCUCCUCCGGUGCCAUCAUUUGAGUACAAGUAAGCUUGUAGACAUGUCUCUGUCAUUCAAUGGUUUGCAUGCUGCCUCAAUCAGUUCCAUUUCGUCGGUUUUCUUUUAUCUAUCCUUGUUAUCUGCAGAAUUUUUCUUGUUCAUGGAAGAAUUAGCAUACUCUGUCCUCUAUCCUUCCGAUUAUCAUUAUGUUUUAAUGAGCUUAUAUACUCAAUCUAGGAAUUUAUCGUUGUGAAACCAUAUUGUUGGUUCUUAAAUAAUGUAGUUUUAGAUUUUCACAAUAUGCCCCAGUGGGAAUGUGUUUUGACUUUUGAGUAAUGAAAAUGAAUCCCUUGUGUGAGGUUCAAUGGAA